GCCAAGCCCCUCGGUGCUGACUUUACUAAGAUGACAGAGACUGCCCUGGACCUGAGCAUCACACCUUCUGCAGAUCGUCAUCCUCUGCCCGCCGGCACAGACUCUGGUCGUGUCUCUGUGGACUCCGCCGCCUCCGACAGUCUUCACGGCCACCACCUGGCCGUUAGCAAGAACAAGGCCGAGAGGGUCUCCCCACCUCACAUGUCACCUCCGGUCUUCAGUUCUGGUUCCUUGCCUUUCCCGGGUGGUGACUCACUUCCCCUCGACGUGGACCUAAACGGCAAGGAAGCGAGCGACAGUCGGCCGGAUCUGAUGAAAGGUUUAUCGGACCGCGUCGCCCCCAUCCGACCGUUCAAUAUGUAUGCUAUGGAGUCCUUCUACAACCCUCUUCUCGGCGGGGGCAUGGGCGGCCUGCAUCCUUCCGUUAGGAUGUCGCUCAUAUACGACUCUCCCCCUUCAAGCAUGGGGGUCAGCUCGGGCCUCGGCAGUCGUGGGUUGAUGCCCCUGACGUCCCAUCUGCAACAGCAGCAGCAGCGGAAGAGACGUCAUGAACACAGAGACAAAGAUCGUGAGACCGCCUCCUCAUCCUCUUCUAUGCCGUUAUCAUCAUCAUCAUCCCCGUCCGAGACGAGUGCCUGCACUUUGGCCACCUCCAGCAAUGACAACGAGAACGAGGCGGACCCCAAAAAGAUCCCCAAGAUCGUGCCAGACGAGAAGAAGGAUGAUGCUUACUGGGAACGCCGGCGCAAGAACAACGAAGCCGCCAAAAGGUCACGUGAUGCUCGCAGACAGAAGGAGGAGGAGAUCGCACUGCGGGCCGCGACUCUCGAGCAGGAGAACUUCAAGCUGCGGGCACAGGUGGCCGUCUUGAAGUCAGAACUGGCGCGACUCCAUUACAUGCUGUACAACAAAUUGUGAGGAUUGCAAGGCAGCCUGUCCUGUAAAUAUCUACACACAGACAGAGAACAACCUUCACUGUAUUGGUAACAGGUGCUAACCGUUGUGCCAUCAGACAUCCCUUCAGUAUUUUCUCAUCUGUUGGGUCUUUGGGGGACGAUCGGCUCUGAGCUUGUUAUUGCUUGCACCAGCCGAGCUAUGGUUCGUAUUGUUCUUUCGUUGGUUGCAGAAUGAUGAUUUUUGACAUUUAUGUAUAUAGUUGUGUGUGUGUGUGUGUGAAGCCUAGAGGCAUGCUUGUACAAAGCUUCCGGUUUAGUCACAUUUUUGUUUAGGCUCGCCAAGACUAACAGCAGAGAACUCAUCAAGAGGCUAAGCGUUGGACUUGCAGACAAAUAUAUAUAUAAAACAGAUAAUAAUGCAAGAACUGUGGCCUACACUUGCAGCAAUUGAUCAAACAUAAAACUUUCUACUGGAAUACAAGUAGUGUCAUUAUUUGAGUAAGAGGUGCUUGUAUUUCUUGAUUUCUAAGUUGUAGUGCCUUAUUAUUUGAUGACUGCCAUUGUCCAUGAAAUUGUACUGUAACAUUGUAACACAUCAGAGAGAAUCACCAGAGCAACACACACACACACGCGAUGACCAUACUCGGUCUUUGAACACAAAACAACGAUUGUCUGAGGCUGUCCACAUCAUGUCAUCAAGUUGCUCAGGAACUUACUACAUGAAACAGAUAAGUAUAUUCAUACAAAAAUGUCCCAACACACAGUUCUUUAGGGAAGAUGGUGAAAACAAUCUAAGAGUUGUCUGUAACCAUUCUCGCAGUUCGGCGUCUGACUAGCGUAGGGUUGUCACUCUUCGCAUCUCCAGUCAGUUGGAAUACGAACCACACUUGUAAUCCACUUUGCUUCCCCGAGGAUGACGUCACGAGGCCGACGGUUCCCCUAGCCCAGGCGCCGCUGGGUGUCGGACCGAAGGCUGGCGAGGAAUGGUUUGGGGAGGUGACUCCUCCUCCUUCAAAGGGGCUCCACCUUCUGUCGAUUUUUUAUUAAUUGUCGUCAGCAUUUACAUUAUUUUGCUUAUAAUCAAAUCAGACUUCUGCUUGUGGAAUUCGUUAUCUAUGCUGUUAGAUGACUGUACAAAAUUGUGUGCAUUGUUACUUUAAAAAAUAUUAGAUUGCUUUUGUUUGUUUGUUUGUUUGUUUGUUUGUUUGUUUGUUUGUUUGUUUGUUUGUUUGUUUCGCGCCUUUUGUUGCACUGAACGUUUUCGCGCCUUGGUGUUGAUCGCAUGUCCAACAUUAUUAUCUUCAGUUCAAAGUUUAAUUCUCAGGGAUGAUGCCUGUGUAUAAAUGUGUACUUGAGAACCCUUGCAUGUAACAAGUUCUCCUUUGUUAUUGUUGUUUUAUUUUUACACACUACUCCCAAAAGGUAUCUGAACAGAUAGCAAAUAAUCAAAAAUUCACACAAGUAUUGUCGUUGCACUGACAGACAAAAGAGUGUGGGUCCGCAGUUUGUUUCACACAUUCAGUGCUUCUUUCUUGCACAAAGUCACUGAUGAUAAGACCAUUAACGAUAAAAAGUAGAAAUUAAUAAUAAGUAUUUUCCAAACGAGUUUAUCACAGACGUCUCCCUGGGGGCUUGUUUGUUCUAGCCCCACUUUCACCCCAUUUAAAUAUCCAUUCUUGAUAAACAACCAGUGAACAGUGUUCACACCAGAGAGGGUAGAUAUAGAAAUAUCCACCUUCUCUGUUCACACUACCAAUAACUUUCAUAUGCCUCAUGUACACUUUGUGCAAUAAAAGGUUCAGGUUCUUUUUUUUUCCUUUAGUUUUUGUGGUUUUUAUGAACUGUGCUUGCAUUAAGAGAAAAAAAUGUAUACAGCAGGUUUUUGUCCGAAAUAUUUUCCUACUGUCAUAGAUCUCUUUUUGAAAAUUGGUAAUGUAUGUUUAUUAAAACUGUCAAUAUCUUCAGCUACCUCAUUAGUGUACAAGUUAUUUUUUAAUGAAAUAAUUUUUACUUUGCGGGAAACAUAGUUAUCCUCAGUAUUUUUUGCGUGUUUAAUUUUUGGCUGACCAUAACAUAGCUCUGUAGUAUACCGGUGUUUUUAGUUUUAGAUGAAGGGACGACCUCAACACUUGUUGGCCGUACUUGUUCAAGUCUCGGACUAAAAGAUCUUCGAUUAGAGAGUUUAUUUAUAUUAUAGUUAUGAAAUUAGUUUUACACGCUGCAUGUUACAAUCUGUUAUAAAUCAUUUUAUCACGAGUAUUGUUUCUUUUAUCAUCUGUAUUACUUUUUAUGGUCUUGUUCAUUUUAC